AUGUAUGAAUCAAAGGGCGCUGUGGUUUUGGGAAAAGAAAAGUCUGUACUUGCUGCAAACUUGGGUUUAGUACCGAAUGUACCAUGUGACUGGUUCUCUAUGCGUGCUAGUUGGGACAAUGCCAUCCAUCUAAUUGAUGACAUUGGUCUGAACAUGGAAACAUUUACUACAAACACAAAUUCUCUUACUCUUCAUGAUGUUUCAAAUAAAUCAGAGAUUCCCAAUGAGCAAGAACUUUCACAGCAAAAAUUAAUUGUAAAUGAUGGAUUCCACCAACUUGUCGAGAGUUUUAGAAAAAUGGAGAAUAGCCAGAAUAUCGAUCGAACACAUAAUUAUCUACUUGAAGAUGAAAGAAAAAUUUUAGAGGUUCUGAGAGUUACAUUGGAAAAGGCUGAGAGCUUUUGCGCUUCUUCACAAUAUAGUCUACUUAGUCUUGUGCAUAAUAUACUUCUUGGAGGGAUACCUAAUGAAGAGACUAUGCUUUCUCUCAGUUCAAAUUUGCUGGACGGGCUGAUCAAAGAUUUUGGAUGGGAGCUUUUUGACUACAUACACCCAUUUUUGAUCAGUCUUUGAGAGAGCUACUGGAACAAAGCGUAUAGAUGAUUUUAUUCUUUAUCCAGUCAAAUAUUGCGCCAGAACUCUUUCAUUUCUUGAAAGAAUAUUGUGCGAUUUCUCUUCUUUCGGGCU